GCCUAUUCCGCACACAAACAGUUCAGCUAUCCAACAGACACGAUUCGUUAGAAGCUACUUCAAAUAUCUUUUUUUCUCUUCGUUUUCAUAAAACCAAACAAAUAAAAUGCCUAGUGGACGUCCUUUGUGGCAGGUUGCCGGCAAAAGAGACCUGGAUCAAGAAGUCGAAGCUCAACAAUGGAUCGAAGCCGUGACUGGUGAAAAGUUUGCACCGGGUUUGCCAUUCGAGCUAGCACUCAGGGACGGAGUUUUGUUAUGCAAGCUGAUGAACAAACUGGCGCCGGGUAUUAUACCCAAAAUUAACACUUCAGGUGGCGAUUAUAAGAUGAUGGACAACAUAAGCCAAUUUCAAAAGGCUUGCAUUCAAUACGGUGUCCCGGACGUCGAUUUGUUCCAGUCUGUUGACUUGUUCGAACAAAAGAACGUAUACAGAGUGACCAUGACGAUAUUCGCUAUUGGCAGGACGGCGCACAAACACCCAGAAUGGAGAGGCCCAUCCUUGGGACCAAGGCCGUCCGAGGAGAACAAGCGUGAUUUUACUGAAAUGCAAUUGAGGGCCGGAGAGGGAGUCAUCGGACUGCAAGCCGGACAGAACAAAGGUGCCACACAAGCCGGCCAGAACUUUGGAAACACCAGAAAGAUAUUGCUCGGAAAAUGAGAGCGUAAACUAAGAAUUACGUCCUAUACUAUACGUUUUCGUUAUAUUUUAAAAUUGAUCUAACAUUAUUCUUUUGUAUGCGUUUUUGUUAAUGUCGUUGUGCGCCUCGUGUACAACAAUGACAAUAUUAUGUAACAUAAUUAUGCCAUUUGUUUCGCAUCGAUGCUAUGAGAGAAGAUGAAAAUAUUGUGUUUAUAAUUAUUUAAUAAUAAGAAAAAUGAAAAAUAAUAAUACUUAUUAUAAUAUGUAGUAAGUACAACAUACUCAAUGCUCUUAUAGAAUCUGAGCAUCACUACAACUUUAUUGCAACAAUAUAAGUACAAAAGUCGUAACAGCCAACGACAGCACACUACAUAUAUUCAUUAUGUGUUGAGGUAAAAGAAUACAAUUUUUAAUGGAAAAUAAUAUACAUAUUACAUAGUUUAAAUAUCUAAAAACUGUUUAGAUUAAAAAAAUAAAUAUUGUAAUGUUGACACGGAAAAUAAAAUAAGUGUUUUCGCUGUGACAAUGAUUUAUAUAAUAAUGUUAUUAUACUAUAAUAUUAUAUUAAUUGUUAUAAUACGU